UCUAUCAAGUAGGUUUGAGAUGGUGUAUGGCUCAUGUCUUAAAGUUAUAAAUGAGUCUGUCCCACACCAUUUCAUUUCUUUCUUCAAUGUUCCCAAACUUUUGGUCUGGGGAAAUUUAUGGUAGGGGGUGUAAAAACGGUAAAUUCCUAGGGGAAGUGCUGCCCAAAUUUUUUUCAACAUUGGACUUUGUCAUUUUUUCACAUUUUAAAGGGUCGCAGCUAUACAUUUGUGAGGGGGUUGUGAAAACAGAAUGCUUGUUGCCCAGAAUGUGAGAUCUACAAUAAAAUGCACUGAAUGUGACAAACCUAGAUGCAUUUAUUCUAAGCUGAAGUUGAACCCUCGAGAUUUAAGAGCCUUGAAGCACACAACAGAUAAAUAUGACUACACUUGCGGGGCAAUUUUAGCACCAGAAGGGGAUGUUCUACAUGGAAAAGUUUUCACAAGACUCCAGCUUGCAUGUACCAGUCACAUUGAAUUUGCAUACUACAGCUCGGAUGUUGGCCGCAAAGACAUAUGUGCAUAUUGUGUUGCAACAGAGAUCCAAAAGGACAAGGACUUGUGCAAAAACUUUAAAGUUGUGCUGCCAGUUUGUGACUUGUGUCGUUCAAAAAAAUUGGAAGUCCCAAAGAGAAAUCCAAUUAAGAAAGAGUUAAUUCUAGUCUGACAAUCAGUUAAUUCUAGUCUGAUAUUCAUCCUCUCUAAGUCAUUCUUUUUAACAUGUUGUUUAUGAUUUUUGUUUCUACUUGUUUCUAGUCAAGAAUAAAUGUUUUUUGUUUAUUUUCA